GUUUGACAAGAUUUCGGACAAACUUACAGGAUCCAAACGCGUUUGAAGGUGUAUUAACCAAGUCUUUUUACUUCGAUAGGUCCUAGAAUAUUAACAUACUUGACGGCUUCCAAAGUACGCCAUAUAUCUUGACCUGAAUAAUGACAUUUAAUUCCACUGACUGAAUGGUGUAUUAACAGUAUCUGAUUCUGAAAAUUCAUACAACUUAGCAGAAGCUUAUGGAGAUUUUUUGGAGAUUCAGAAUUUCAGAACAGACGUGACUUCACUUGAAUUCCAUGUCUCAGGAAUUGAUUUUUUACUGGGACCCUGACUCGCCUAAUUAGAAUACACAGAUUAUCAUCUCAACUAAGGUUUACAUUUUACAUUCUACAUUCUCGACAAAAAGACUUAAACUUUGAUUAAAAAGGAAAACAAAAACAGCCAACAACAUUUUUAAACUAAACCAAAGAAGGUUGAAAUGACUUCAAAUCUUUCUGGAUAUGUUUGUGUAGUUACUGGAGCUAGUCGUGGUGUAGGUCAAGGUAUUGCAAUUGGUCUUGGAAAAGCAGGAGCUACUGUUUACAUUACUGGAAGAACACUGUCAUCUGAAGGUGCUAAAGGUGGUGGAAGUCUUUAUGAUACUGCUCAUAUUAUUAAUGCUGCUGGUGGAAAAGCCAUCCCUGUGGCUGUAGAUCAUUCUGAUGAUACACAAGUAGCUGGAUUAUUUUCACGUAUUCAUAAAGAACAAUGUGGACGAUUAGAUAUAUUUGUUAAUUGUGCUUUUAGUGCAAUUGAUCAUUUACUACUGGUUGGUAAAUCACCUUAUUGGGAGUAUAAAAAUGGUCCUGGUGAAGAAUGGGAUUUGGUGAAUCGUGUUGGUUUACGUAAUGCCUAUAUAUGUAAUGUAUUAGCUACACGUAUGAUGAUUAAAUGUCGUGAAGGAUCAUUAAAUUGUUCAAAAGAUACAGUGAAUGUAUGUAAUCAUCAUUUGGCUAGUGGGACACCAUUAAUCAAUACCACAACGACUACUACUAAUACUAGUAAUCAGUUACCUACUGGAUUAAUUGUAAAUAUUUCUAGUUUUGGAGGAACUGUACGCAUAUUCAAUGUUGCAUUUUGUGCAGGCAAAUCUGCACUGGAUCGUAUCACUCAAGAGAUGGCACGUGAUUUAAAACAGCAUAAAGCAAAUGUUAGCGUAGUCAGUAUUAUACCUGGACUUGUACAAACUGAAUCUGUUGUCUCUGCCUAUGAAAGUGGAAAUUCACCGAAAUUAUUUGGUUAUGAUAUCAGCCUAAGAAUGGCUAUGCCAGCUCCAGUACUCGGUGACCUCAUUGCAUGUCUAGCGAGUCAAUCAAAGAGUAAAAAGUUACUUCAACGUUCCGGUCAUUGUUUAUUUGCACCAGAUUUAACUCGUGAAUUCGGUAUAAGAUCAGCUGAUGGAUAUCAUUUUACAAAUCUACGCUCAAUUAAAACAUUAUUACAAUUAAUGGGUUGGAAGAAAUUGGCUAUCCUUUUCCCAGGAUUUAUUAAACUCCCCUAUUGGUUAAUUGCUAUAAUCACCUCGAAAUUUUAGAGGGAGAAAGAAGGAGAAAUGCCAGAAAGCACAUACAUGUGUAUAUUGUUCUUUGUUUCCUUAACAAAAAUGCAUUUUUAUUUUAUUUUAUUUUUCAUCCAGUUUUUCUUUGUUCUCUAAAAUGAUUUUGUUUUGGUUGCUUUUUUUGUAGUUUUGUUUUUGUAUUUCUAAAAGAAAAUAUCUCCUCUUCAUUAUCUUGUAAUUUUACAUUGUGUUUUCCUCUUUUCAUUCAAUUUUCAAUAUGUAAAAUGAUCUCAUUUGUUUUAUUAUCUAUCGUAGAUUGACAUUAGUUACCGCUGUAAUCAAAUUCAUUAUUGAUUUCUAUGAUGUGAGAACUACCUUCAAAACUACGUAAACCUUUCAAUCUCUCUUGAGUAUAUCACUUUCUGUUUUAUAAUUUCACCUAGGUUAUUCCAUUUUCUAAGGCGAAAAUGGGUGAAAUAUUGUUAUUAUUAUUAUUAUUGUUACACUGCUGUAUAGUAUUGCUAUUUCUUGUCAUAUAUUGUUUUGAACGCGCGCGCGCGUCCGCGUUUCUACUCAUAUUUUGUCAUUUAAACUCUGUUCAACUGUGAAGUAUCAAUUGAAACACAAAGGCAGCCAUUUCAUUUUUUCUAUUAAAUUAUAAUCAUUUCGUGAUCAUUUUCUUUUUGUUAGAUGUUCUUUUUGAUUAAUAUUAUUAUUAUCACUAUUAUAAUCAUUAUUGCAUAAUCAAAUAAUGUGUUACUUUUAAUCAUACUCUCAUCCAUGUUGUCUUUUAUUUUCAUUUUUAUGUUUAAUUUUCUUUACUUUUUUUUCCUUUAUCGUUUUUAUUUAUCAUUUCAUUUAGUCAAAUAUAUAUGCAUAUAGUUUAUUAAAUAAAACAUUUCGACUUUUGAAUUUUUGUCGGGAUUUCGACUGGUGUGACUGUGGAAUUCGUCAUGAAGAAGUAUCAGUUGGAGAGAUCAUUGAAAAGCAGGAAGUACUGGAUAACUGUUUCAUCCUGGUCUGAGACUCUUCAGUAGCACACACCCACGACCUUAUUAGGGAUUGAACUGGACUGGGGCCAAUCUCUUUUGCCUUCCAAACUGUGAGACUCAUGAAUUCUAACUUCUAUCAAUUCGUG